UGACUCUUAUGCUUAAGUAAUGUUUAGCUAACGUUCUUCACACAAACGACUAUUCACGGCACACACCCACUCGCACCCUUAAGUUUGAACUAGAAGUAAAAUUUAAAGUGUUUUUCGUGAACAGCAUCUUCCACUUCCCUCCCUGUGGUCGGCUGUGAAACCGCUAGCUGUAAGACUGUGUCUCAAAAUGGCGGCCGUUAGAACACUAGUGCACUACCUAGGCCGCACGCGCCACUUGUUCCUGUACUCUACAGCGCGCUUAGGUGUAAACACCGGAUUGAGACGCGACCCGUGACUUCCGGCUCCUCGUUCACAGGGAGUCGAUUCAUUCAGUAUUUUUUGUUUUUUUUAGACUGAUGCUCAGUGAGCGUCGUCGGGCUCGGAAUAAUUGAAUGUUUCCGGAGACGACUGAUCGAAGCUGGACCGUUUUUCUCCCAACAUCCCGUCUGGAUUAAAUCACACGCUUAUAUAUUUGAGAUACAUAGAUCUAUUUGGAAUCUCCUUGCAAAAUAUUGUUUAAAUGAAUCUUGUAAGAUUUAUGAACAGCCGGGCACCAGCUAAUAAGAGGUAUCAGCCGACAGAAUAUGAGCACGCGGCUAACUGUGCUACACACGCGCUCUGGAUCAUUCCCAGUAUUGUGGGUGGACUUUUGCUGUACUUCCUUUCUGAUGACCAUUGGGAGGAGAUUUCGGCAUGGCUCUACGGCGCCGGCUUGUCGAGCCUUUUUAUAAUUUCCACGGCUUUCCACACUAUCACCUGGAAGAAGAGCCAUAUGCGAUCCAUCGAGCAGUGUUUCCACAUGUGUGACAGGAUGGUGAUCUAUUUCUUCAUUGCCGCGUCCUACACGCCCUGGCUGACUUUACGGGAGCUCGGUCCGUGGGCCGCUCACAUGCGCUGGGUUGUCUGGGUGAUGGCCUCUGGAGGAACUACAUAUGUCUUCUUCUUUCACGAGAGGUAUAAAGUGGUCGAGCUGGUCUGCUACACAGCAAUGGGAGUGUUUCCAGCGAUGGUUAUUCUGUCUAUGGCGGACAGGUCGGGUGUGUGCGAGCUGUUGGUUGGUGGCGGGUGUUACGUGUUGGGGAUGGUGUUCUUUAAAAGUGAUGGAGUGGUGCCCUUUGCGCACGCCAUAUGGCACCUGUUUGUUGCCAUGGGGGCGGGCAUCCAUUACUACGCCAUCUGGAAGUACUUGUACACACCUAGCAAUCAACAGACCAGCACCGCUCGGUGACAAACGCACGCGCACGCACACGUACACUCUCAGUUACCUGGGGAACAAAUUUGAUUGAGGAAGGAAAAAAAAAAAUGUAAUUCCAAAUUGGUUUACUGGCGGGGAAGCACGGCGACACGUACACACUGUCCUUAUAAAUCAGUCAGGGACUAAUCAGUGGUGGCUGUUCAACAAAUUUUAAUCCUAAAGCUUAAAGUCCAUGCAUUUUUAAAUUUCACUGAAAUAAUAAUGAGCUUUUUAGAGUGAGCAACAGUUUAAAAAAAAAAACUGUUGCUAUUUAACAGAUGUAUUUUGGCGCUCCAUUCAGUGCCCUGUUUAGUUCCUUAGAGUUAUAAUUACACCUAGUGGUCAAAAAUGACAACUGCAACAAGCAAUUAAUAGAGGCCCAUUGGGACAGGAAUCACGCUGACCCCCAUGCUUGGGAAAGGAGGAGCAGCAGACUGGACAGGUCUAAUAACAGGGUUGCCAGGGUUGCAUUUAUUUAUUUAUUUGUUUGUUUAUUCGAAUUUGGCUAGUUUUGAGAAAAAUCAAUCGAAUCAAUUUCUGCAAACAAAGGCAAAGUGUAGUUAGUUAGCUACAGUUACAGUUAGAUUUAGAUUUAUAUAUUGCUUUUCUAGACACUCAAAGUGCUUAACAUAGUAUGGGUGUUAACCACUACUAGUGUGUAGCGUCCACCUGGAUGAGGUGACGGCAGCCAUAGUGCUCCAGAACGCCCUCCACACACCAGCUAUUAGUGGAGAGGAGAGAGUGAUGGAAAGGCAAAGUGUAAGUGCAGACAUUGUGUCUAUGAUGAACAGAAUAAUUUUUUUUGUAAGCCAUAUUGUAAAGAGGGAAAGUGGGAUUAUGGCGUCCAUAUGUCGGUAAUUAGUUUUUUUUCCUCUGGAAAUUCUGCUGAAAUAUGGCAACCUUGGUUUAACGCUAUUAGCUCUUCUGUAUGUGUCUCGCUGAUGACGAGAAACACACCUGCUGCAUGGAAGACAGUUGAACAAAGGUACUGUAUGUCUAAUAACGCUCGAGGGUGAGUCGACACUCAACUUCCUGUUACAGGAUUAAAAAUUCACUAAAUAGUAGGCACAAGCGGCAUAGCCUCUCAACUUCGUUGUUGUUUGAGGCUGUCAUUAUUAACAAAAUCUGUGAUCUGGGGAUGAGCUGCAGCUCUGCUGGGAUUAAUAUACAUGACAUAAAAUGUUGUUGGCACGCCCUUGCUGACUUCCACUUGACUGGAACGUACUCAGGGGAACCAUGAUGGGCUAGGCUGUAGAUUUCAGGAGCAGAACCGGCCCAGACCAUCAAGAUUAAGGUAUUAAGAUAUAAAUAAUCGAAUUUCCGUUUCAGUACAAGGUUGAUCUUUUUUAUUAAUUAAGGGUGUGACACGAUGACAUCUGACAUCUGUUUAGUCCUCCAAAUAGCAAUAACCGAAUCCGUAUUCAGAUGUAUCAACUAUAUUCAGCCCGUCUUACAGAAUUUCACAGACCUCUGACUUUUUUUUUUUUAAACCAAAGAAAUCACCCCCUGAACUUGGAAAGCUGGGAAGGUGCCGUCAAACCAUCACGCCAGCAUGGCUCUCACCGUCAACAGUAAAUAAAAAUCACUACGUGAAAUGAGCUCGUAGCAGUAUUUACUUUAGCGCCGUCGACCCAGACAGAAUAGAUGGUUGAGUCUGUAACGCAAACUGAAAUAGACUCCUGAUCAGUAUUCGCAUGUUUCUAACAAAACACACGGAGGCAGCCGUGUAUUCACCCGACUUUGUAGCUCGAAAAUAGCGUUCAGACUUCGCACCUUCAGUGUAAGUGGGCCUAAAAUGUAAACAGAAACCUCUUAUUCAAUCCCUUAUAUAUUUAAAAUGUAAAGCUCUGUGUAAAAUGGGUGCUAGGAUAGUGAAGAAAAUCCUUCAGGUGUACAUCAGCGUAGUCCAGAUUGUGUGUGUGUGUGUGUGUUUGUGUGUGUGUGGCGGCCUGGGAAAACCCUUCCCAAAACUACAGGCUUUCCUGAAACGAAGUACGCACCACAUGGGCUUUACAUUUCCAUGUUGUUUUUAAAAAUAUAUAAGAUAUAUAUAUUUCUUUAAAGCAAUCGUUGAUGUCAAAGUAUUAGCGCCCUCUUUCAGAUGAUCCAACGCUUAGUAUAUGAUACGAUACGACAAGUAGCGAAUCAAAUCGAUCAGGUCUGAUCCAGGAUGGUUCAGUUCACCACGAGAAGACGUUACGGUUAGAUGACGAGCUGCUCGUUAGAAUGUAAAUGAGAAAAGGAACUAACGAACGUGAACUAAGAGUGAUUUUAGUUUAUAUUCGAACCAAAUCUUGGCUUGUAAAUACUGUACAUCUGUGGAAAAGUCGAGUUGUUUUUUUUUUUUUUUUUCCCAGACCGCCGUACAAAUAUUAAACACGCCGUGCGAGCGCAAAUUAGAGAAUUACAACCGUACAAUGUUAUACAGUGUAUAAUUUUUUUUUUUAACUCCAACCGAGAUAUGACGAUACUUGAAAUAUGUAUUCGCUCUUCCUGCCGCUGCUGAAACGCAGAAAAAAGCGAGGGAUUUCUCUUACGUAUUAGCGUUUAAUCCGUAGCUGUUUUUUUUUUUCUGUUUAUACACAGUAACAGCCGGACAAUUGUAUUUAUAAUAUCACUCGUCUGGGUGCGUUCUCAUGUUGAGUUUGUGUGAAAUGCCAAAAGUGCUUCGAGCUUCAGUCACUUCAGAGUCUCCUACUUCUGUGCCCUUUUUUUGGUUUUCCGAUAAAAAUCCGACUCUCUUGAUGUUUCCGUUUGUCCCAUUUAGCCGCUAGUGUUAAGUAAUAAGGGUCACAGUUCCUCAGGACCCACUGUUACUUCUAACAAUCAGCUGGACCCACAGGAAGUCCACAUUUCGAUUUCGUUUGGCCGACAUGGCCAAAACUUCGUUCUCAGGGUUAACACACUGCCACCACCAUCUCUCCGAAACAUUCCACUCACUGCUGUGCAGGAAAAAAUAAAUAAUAAAUAAAUCACAUUCAAAUACAGAUAGAAUAAAAUAAAUAAAUAAAUGAAUGCUAAUAGAUCAACUAUGUAUGUUACUUAACGGCUUCAUUAUUUCUUCUUAUUAUUAUUAUCUGUAAUAUUUCAAGUGAAUCUGUAGUGAAUGUAUUAGUGCAUAGUCGUAUAGAAAUAUCACGUUGAUGAGAUUUUAUUCAUACGAACCCUUCGAUGCACAACUCCAAUCUAUUUGCAGCUGACGUCGUCAGUGUGCCGAUCGGUUUAAUUUAUGAACACGAAAAAAUAAUAGUGGGUUAUAUCUCAGAAAGGUUUCGUUAAGGUUCAAAGGAAACACACAGGAAAAUAUUUAGUACCAAUGAAUGCACCAGGGCUAAAUUCAAGCUCCGGAAUCUUUCGCUUUAUAGAUUAGGCUUGUGCAAUAUUCAUUAUUUUGUUUCUUUCUUUCUUUUCCUGAUUUUAAAAAUCGCAAUAUGGGAUUUUAAUGAUCCAGAGCGAGCGUUUCUACAGGUUCAGGUGCAGUCGGGAACCGCUUGAUGGCAGCGCCAAUCACAAAAGCGUCGGACGGUGGAAUGUGAGUUGAUUCUGCUGUAAUGCGCAGUAAACAGUGCAUUUUCUCAUAUAAUCUUUUUUUUUUUUUUUUUACAACGUCCACACGGUUGACAUUUUCUCUGUUGAUCUGCUGUUUGAGUAAAUGUAUAGGUCGUAUUUCAUAUUCAUUGACUCGAAGCGUUCUUUGAGGACGGAAGGGGCGGGGCUUCUUUGCACGUUAACACUUUACACAAAUCAUUCCAGGGUUAAAUAUCGAUCAGCUCCUGUCAAGUUUUAUCGCGGAGACCGCUCUUUCGGGGGAUUUUUCAAGUAAUAACUCGUACUAGUGUACGUCGAAUUGUGGCAUGAUGCAAAAAACGCGUAAACGUAGGCGGGACUGAUAAUGUGAUAUAACAUAAUAUGAUCUGUCGGAGUAUCCGGGCAUCGUGGCAGUGUAAAAUCGUGUAGGGACGAUUUAAUCGUUCAAUUGCACAAGCCUAAUAUACGCAUGUAAUAUAAUCUCUCUGGAGUUUCUCUCUUUUUCUCAAACAUUUAGCUUUGGAAAUGAAAAACGCACUUAAAAGAUGCUGAAAAUCGAACGAAAUAAUAGAAGAAGAUAUGAAAACGACUGUGGACUUUGAUACUAUGACGCUAGAGCAGAACAGAAGAGUAAAGUGUAUUAUUACUAAAGUAUUGCUGCCAAAUCACCAGUCAAAGGCGUAAACAUAGACGUUUACCCGUAACGUAAACGUAAAUGUAGUGUUACUCGUAGUGUUUCCACCGCCGUUGCCUAAAUGUUGAUCCUGCUCAAAUUUUGCAGAUUUGUACAACAGUGACCCUUUAUAUGAAUGUUCAUCGCUUGCUUGAUCAUAUGAACUUUUAUUCGUAUGAAACUCAGCACUCACGCUCGUCGACGUUCUCGCUUUCUCAACGGAUUUCACGUCAAUCACGAUGACGUCAUCGUGUUGUUGUUUUUUUUUCAUUUCUACCGCUUAGAGGGUAUUGGAGAAACUGUUCAUUUCUACAUUUCCGUAUACUUCUGUUAGCGCUGGCGUAUAAAUCCGACGUUUAUUAAAAAAAUAAGCGACGCGAUUAUUAACGCGUCGGACUUCUGCGUGGCUCGACGCUGUGUGUAGUUUGCUUUACUUUUACCAAUGUUUACGUACGUACGCUGGAGUUACUGCCUGGGUUCUUAUGUAUAUAUAAAAUAUAUAUAUAUAUAUGUAUAUAUAGCUCUAUAAAUACAUAAAAAUCUCAAAGUUUUAUCUAAAUACACACCCUGACCUCACGAUUUUUUGUCUUUUGGAAGAACUGGAGAUUAUUUUACCCCGUAUCAGCAUCAGUAUCGGACCGAUACCAGGGAAAACGCGUAAGAUAUCGGAUCCUGUAACAAAAAGGCAAAUAGAUUGGAAAAGAAAUGUAUUUUCCAAGCUGAAAAUGUUUACAUAUAAACAGACGACUGGUUUUCUUUUGUUAGGAUUGAACUGAUUAUGUUCGUGCUGUGUGUAUGUCUGUUUAUUAUAUUUACAAUGUUUUGUGAAUACUGCAAGGUUUCAGUCGCCAGUACUGGAAAAGAAAAGAAAAAAAAGUGGUAUUGUGCCAUCUUGUAUUUAUUUAUGUAUGUAUUUAUUUAUUUAUUUAUUUAUUUAUUUAUUUGCUUAUCAAUAAUUGUUAUUUUGUGUCAUUUUUAAAAUUUUAUUUCAUAUUUUAAUAUCUAACUUGUUUUUUAAUCAACAUUUUAUGUUGGUUUUAGUGUGUCCACGUGUCCACUUUAAGACGAAAUGAAACAGGGGCAAAUUUCUCAAAACUUACAAACAACAGCUCUCACUGCCACAUGCAUUAAAACUCCCUAAAACAUUUUUUUUUAAAGUUUAUUUAUUUAUUUUUUAAAUUGGGCGUAUUGCAAAUUCAGUACAUAUAGGCUAGAAUAAAGACAGUGGAUAAAUCCACAUAUUGAACAUGCCUUAUCGAUGUUUAUGAAUAUUAAACUCAGUCCUACUGUAAUUCAGGCCUGAACUGAUCUUUUUUUUUUAUCUAGAUUUUAGUCUUUGAAUUUGUGGAUUAAACUUGGAUUUGUGUCUAAACCUCUCGCAGAGCUCAUUGUAAAUAUCAUUUGUGCCUUUUCCAGUUUCAGCUCCUUUCAGAGCAAUUGUUUUUUUUUUGUUUGUUUGUUUGUUUUUGGGGUUUUCUUUUUUUUUUUUUUUUUGUUCUAAGCUUUGUAAAGCCAAAACUGCACAUUAUAACGAUGAUGUACUUUCCGAUGCGAUUUGUGAUUGUCACUUUGCUGCAGUGUUUGUAUUAUUACUAUUUAUGUAUCUCAGUGUGUGCAUUUUAUAAAUCUCGUCAUUUAACAAAAAAAAAAAAAAGCAUUUCAUGAUGAAAACCG